GGUGUUGACUCAGGUGUGUGUGUUCCUGUGUGUGUAUAUGUGUGUGGUGCCGUCUUCAAAGUGUGCUGCAGUCUUCUCCAGUUGCAUUUUCUCCCUCAUGCUCCCUCGGUCACUCCUCUGUCUCCCUUCUCCUCGCUCCUUUCCCCCCUUUUCCAUCCUAAUUUCUUAAAGAGUAAAUAGAAGCAUUUGUCAUUGCCUGUUUCGUCUUUGCAAUGUCUUCCCUCAAUUUCGCCUAACACUCACCUGCUUUCAUCAUGGAUAUUGGAGGACUGACCACUGUGGUAGCAAAUUCUGCGUACAUCAACGCACGUGGAAGCAUUGAUGGUUCCAACCCUGCAACAGCUCGGGAUAAGAAGUACCAUGCUCGCCUCAAAUUGCCCCACAUAACCGUUUGCGAGGGCCUGAGGGACACCCUAGAUUUGGCCUUUGACUCGGUCUGUGUGGAACAGCCGAUCGGUAAACGCCUCUUCAGGGAAUUCUUGGAAGCGAACAAAGAGUAUCAUGGCGCUUCUCGUUUGUGGAAAGACAUCGAGGGAUAUGACCUGGCAGAGGACUCCGACAGAGGAAAGAAAGCCUCCAAGAUCGUCCAGAGGUACAUGGACCCCUCUGCCAAACACUUCUGCCCGUACCUUCCUGAGGACGUCAUGGCCAAGGUGAAGGAAAACCUGGAAGCUGUAGGGGAUGAUUUGUUCUCUGAAUCUCUGGCCAAAACCCUGGAAUACCUGCGAGAAGCUCCUUACACCUUCUUUCUGGAGAGCAUGUACCUGAAAAGGUUCUUGCAGUGGAAGUGGCUGGAGAUGCAGCCCAUGGAUGCUGACUGGUUCCUGGACUUCCGUGUGCUGGGGAAAGGAGGGUUUGGGGAAGUUUCUGCCUGUCAGAUGAAGGCCACCGGGAAACUUUAUGCAUGUAAGAAACUCAACAAGAAGAGGCUGAAGAAGAGGAAAGGCUAUGAGGGAGCGAUGGUGGAGAAGAGAAUUCUGGAGAAAGUCCACAGUCGCUUUAUUGUCUCCUUGGCUUAUGCCUUCCAGACAAAAGAUGAGCUUUGUCUGGUCAUGACCAUCAUGAAUGGAGGAGACCUCAAAUACCACGUCUAUCUGGUGGAUGAGAACAACCCCGGGUUUGAUGAGCCUAGAGCCUGUUUUUACAUUGCUCAGAUCAUCCAGGGCAUGGAGCACCUCCAUCAGAAAAGAAUCAUCUACCGUGAUCUCAAACCAGAAAAUGUGCUGCUUGACAAUGAUGGUAAUGUUCGUAUAUCUGACUUGGGUCUUGCUGUAGAGCUAAAAGAAGGAAAAACGAUGACUAAAGGCUACGCUGGAACACCAGGUUACAUGGCUCCAGAGAUGCUGAAAGGAGAUAAAUAUGACACCUCAGUUGACUACUUCACCUUGGGGGUUACUUUGUACGAGUUCAUCGCAGCUAAGAAUCCAUUCAGAAACCGAGGAGAAAAGGUUGAGCGAGAAGAGAUGAAGGAGCGCAUGCUGAACCGUGUGGUGACCUAUCCAGAUAACUUCAGCGAACAUGCCAAGUCUCUGUGUGACGGGCUGCUGGCCAAAGAGGUUGGCCAGAGGAUGGGCUUCAAGAACAACUGCUGUGAUGAAAUCAGAGCACAUCCUUUUUUCAAAGAUAUUAACUGGAGGAAACUUAAUGCAGGUAUUGUUCCGCCUCCUUUUGUUCCUGAUCCUAAGGUGGUCUAUGCCAAGGACCUGGAUGAUGUUGGCGCUUUCUCCUCUGUGAGGGGCGUUACCUUGGAGGAUCCAGAUAAGACAUUUUUUGACGAGUUUUCUACAGGCAACAUCUCGAUCCCUUGGCAAGAGGAGAUGAUUGAUAUGGGAAUUUAUGGAGAGCUGAACCUCUGGGGCCCUGAAGGCACCGUCCCAAAUGAUCUCCGCAGAGAGUCCAUCCUAGAGCAGCCAAAAUCCUCCACCUGCUGCAUAUCGUAAAGAUGCUGGAAAAAUGUUUAUCCGGAACUUUCUAACUACAGAUGGGAAAAGUUUUGAACUGUUUUCCUCAGUGGAAAUGUGGAGAACAGAAUAAAAGCGGAGCUUGGAUUUGAAGAGGACUUCAUUUAGUUAAUAACAUGUAAUUACAAAAAACAUAACUUCAUUUAAUGUGUUCAUGUGCUGAAUUGAUACUAUGCUUUUAACUCCAAUACACUUUAAAAACCCCAUUACUGAAUUAAGAUUUAGUGUUGCUGCAUCCGGUGCUGCCAGUAACUUUCUAAAAAUACACUUUUGUUUUUUUUUUUUUGUUCAUACUGCUACAAUAGAGUAUAUGCCACCUAUGUUAAAACAUUUUCUUUCUUUAUGUGUGAUAAAAAUAUGAUUUUACUGCAUGCUCCAAUGUCCAGAAACCCAAACUUUCAUGCUUUUUUUUCAAUAUUUCUUAAACCUUUAUUUAUUAAUCAAGCACUUCAAUGAAUAAUUAUGAUUAAAGCACUUUGUUGGGUCAGUAUUUUGUGGGGUAAAUAAAAACA